GGGGUUCUACUUGUCCGCUCCGCCAUUACCACCAAAAAUCUUCUUUUUUUCUCUUUAAUUAAUAAUCUUAAUCAGUGUCGUCGUUAAGGAAAAAAACCCAAUUAAACCCAAGUCAGUUUCCCCUUUGGUAAUAUAGUAACAGCACAUUUUCACCUUCUCCCACUAAACUAUCAUUACUUUAAUCAAACUCGCAUUAUAAACACGCAAAUUGAUGUAUAAUACCUCAUACCCACAUCACAUCUUCUCUCAUUUUCUGAGAAAUUCUGUCUCACCCUUGAAGUAAAGCGUCCUUAGCUUUAUUUUUUUUUUGGGGUUCUUGCUUUUAUUAUUCUCUCUUUCUCCAGUCGCUUUUUCUUCUUUCUCUUUUAUUGUUUCUGGGUAUUUGUGCUUGCAUUGAGAUCUGUUAAGAAAUGGGUGUCUGUCAAUUAGCUUGCAUUGAUUCAGAAAACCCAAACAAUGGCGUGAAUGCUUCACGCAUUACUACAGGAAUUGCAGAUCACUACUGCGACUAUAAUGAGUUGAAAAUCAAGUCAAUCUUGAGAAAAAUGAUUUUGGAUUUUGGGUUCUCCUGCGUUCUCCCUCCCCGUGGGAGCUCUGGAAAGAGCCGCGGUGACAAGAGCUCGACCGAAAAUGGGACGCGGCAUGUGGAGCACAACAAGGCGUGGCUGCUGGCGGAGUCUGGUGGCGGCGGAGCAGAGUUGGCAAAUGCAGAGCCGCAAUCAGUUCACUCCUCUUUCAGGUUCAGUUUUUGCUCUCAGGUUGAACUUGAAUCCAUGAACAUGAGCUCUUCUGCUUCUGCAACUGUUUUGAUGGUGAAUUUGGAUAGCGGGUUGAAUGAGGCAAGAACCCAAGAGCUAAAAUGGAGGAGAAUGCAGUCUCUGGAGAGAAGCAUAUCUCCAGUGGCCAAUACUUUGGUCAGAUUCAGUUAUGGUGAAAUUCUUGCUGCUACUCGUAACUUUUCCGAAGCUAGAGUUUUGGGAAGAGGCGCUUUGAGCUUUGUUUUUAGGGGAAAAGUGGGUUUUCUGAAGACUGCUGUUGCUAUUAAGAGGCUGGAAAAAGAAGAUAAGGAGUCACCCAAGGCCUUUUGCAGAGAACUGAUGAUUGCUAGUUCUCUUUGUAACCCAAAUAUUGUGCCACUUCUAGGAUUUUGUAUUGACCCAGAAGAGGGUUUGUUCUUAGUCUACAAGUUUGUUUCUGGUGGAAGCUUAGAGCGCCAUUUACAUGAGAAGAAAAAGAAGAAAGGAGUAAAGGGUGGUUCCCCACUUCCUUGGUCUGCAAGGUAUAAGGUUGCUUUAGGGAUUGCAGAGGCAGUAGCAUAUUUACAUAAUGGAACUGAAAGAUGUGUUGUUCAUAGAGAUAUUAAGCCAUCUAAUAUACUUCUUUCUUCCAAGAAAACACCAAAGCUGUGUGAUUUUGGAUUGGCAACUUGGACUUCUGCACCUUCAGUUCCAUUUCUCUGCAAAACUGUAAAAGGAACAUUUGGUUAUUUGGCUCCUGAGUACUUCCAGCAUGGAAAAGUAUCUGAUAAAACAGAUGUUUAUGCUUUCGGAGUCGUCUUGCUUGAAUUGAUAACCGGAAGGAAGCCAAUUGAAGCGAGAAGGCCAGCAGGGGAAGAAAACUUGGUCUUGUGGGCAAAACCCUACUUGCACAAGGGGAUGGGCGCUGUCGAAGAGUUGCUGGAUCCAUCUCUUAAAUGCACUCGAAAAAAUUUAGCUCAAAUAGCUAGGAUGAUUCAGGCUGCUGCUGCAUGUAUAAGCAAUGAAGAAUCUCGAAGACCAGGAAUCGAAGAAAUUAUUGGCAUACUAAGAGGUGAAGAAGCACCAAUCUACUGUAAUCGGAAAAAAUCCAAUUUUUCUGGAAUUAUUGAUUGCUAUCCACAAUUACAACAGACGAAAAGUGAGAUGAGGAGUCACUUAGCUUUGGCAAUGCUAGGAGUUCCAGAUUUUGAAGAUGACGAUCAUCUUUAUUGUCGUUGAAACUGAAACAUACUGGAGCUGGCCAUCUGAUUUUCUUUCCGUUUUCUUUUUUCUUCCGGGUUUUGUUUAGUGGUGGCGUUUCUUGAAAAAGAAAUGGUAGGUAAUUAGAACAGAAAGGGGUUGACAGUGUAAAUAGGAAAUGGAGUCUUGAUUUGAUCAGUGAUUAUUUGUACAGAUCUUUGAAUAUUUAGCUUCCCUUCUGCUCAGGGAAACUCUGAUAUGAUUUUUCAUUUCAGAUUGGAGCAAAUGUCAAACAAUCUUGUAUGUCAAGGUUGAAUUUGUGCUU